UUAAUAAUCAGUCCCCACGCCCUUCUCACAAGAAUACCUUUUAACACAUAUUCCUCCAUUAAUUUUUUUGGAACAAGAAGACCUUACUGCCUUCAUAUAUACGUGCUCUUUCUACUUCAACAAUAAUAAGGCUUUCUUACAACAUGGGUCUCGAUGAUGUUUGUAACGCAGGCCUUGCUCUUGCACUAGGCUCCCAUGACAAGCAAGUAAAUCACGAUCACUUGCAGCCUGAUCAUCAUCAAGAAAAGAAGAAAAAGAAGAGGAAGAAGGAGAAGUUUUCUCUAAAGUAUGACCACCUUUUCCCUUCUCUUACGUUAGGCCCAUCAGAUGAGACUUCUUACACAUACCAAUUGGCUACAACAAAGAAAGAAGCUGGAAAAGCUGUACUAGGUGGUGAUUCUGUGGAUUAUUUGCCUAAUAAACAGGCAUCUUCUCUUAGUGCAGUAUCAUCUUUUUCUAAUUCAUCUAGCAUCAAGAGGGAGAGAGAAUUAUCUGGUGGUGAAGAAGAGGUUGAGGUAGAGAGAGUCUCUUCAAGGGUAAGCGAUGAAGAUGAGGAAGCUAGUCCAAGGAAGAAACUUAGACUCACCAAAGAACAAUCGGCUAUCUUAGAAGACAACUUUAAAGAACAUGCUACUCUCAAUCCUAAGCAAAAACAAGACUUGGCACACAAGUUGAAUCUACGGCCGCGGCAAGUAGAAGUGUGGUUCCAGAAUCGGAGAGCCAGGACUAAGCUGAAGCAAACUGAAGUAGAUUGUGAAUUAUUGAAGAAAUGCUGUGAAAGACUAACAGAUGAGAACAAGAAGCUACAGAAAGAGCUCCAGGAGCUUAAGUCACUGAAACUAUCUGCACCCUUUUAUAUGCAGCUUCCUGCAGCCACUCUCACUAUGUGUCCCUCUUGUGAAAGGAUUUGCAAUGGUGGUGAUGGCUCUUCUACAAGUCCUUUCUCGAUUGGACCAUCAAAGCCUCACUUCUUUAAUCCCUUCACACAUCCAUCUGCAGCUUGCUAGAGGCAAGUUAAGAAGGCCAGAACACCGAUGUUUUUGUUCGGGGCUUCUGUUCUGUGUCAUAUAUAUAUAGGAAGAAUUGGCUUAUUAAUUAAUUUGUAGAGACUAUAUAUAUAUAUAUAUAUAUUUCUGUGGUGUAAGAAUUAGUUAAUUCAGUCUCU